AUGCCUGGCUUCAAAAGUGGAACGAACUUUUUGCUUCCCGUUGAUGUUUAUCUAACCGUUGACCCGGAAAAAUGGGAAAUCGAUAUGAAGGAAGUUAUGGGCGACUCAUAUUGUGCCCGCAAACGUUCGGCCAAAGACACCGAAAAAGUAAAGCUUUUCGUCGGUUUUGAGUACGAAUGUCCUCGUGGACAUCGUUCUAUGGUACAGGAUGUUCGCACAUCGUUGCAUGGAAGCACUUCCGUUCAUUCGAAGGAUUUUGGUGCAACACUUAUUCGUUCAGAUCUACCUUUGUGGUUGAAAUGUACUUGUCGACGAAUGCCUCAUGUUAGCGCACAGUUGAUGCGUCUCCAUGUGGUCACUCCAAAAGCCCCAGUCACUGUCAGCUUAAAUCCUCGUGUCCAGGUACACCAUUUUUGUGAAUUUUUUUUGUAG